AUGACCUUUGCCGAGUUCGAGACCCUGUUUCUUGACAAGUACUUACCCACACCCUUUCGUCUGGCCAAGGAACAAGAGUUCCUAAAUCUGAAACAGGGAACGAUGACCGUUACCCAAUAUGCGGCCAAAUUCGAGGAAUUGUCUCGUUACGCCCAAACGGCCGUUGCAACUGAGGACAAGAAGGCGAGAAGGUUUGAGUGGGGACUAACAACUGCUAGAAGGGCUGUGGUAGCUCAAGCCUGUCCCACCUAUACCGGUGUUGUGAAGUGUGCUCUUCGGCUGGAGAGUGAGGAAAAUGACUUCAAAACCCGAUGGAGGAAGGCAGCAGGCAACACCGGCGGACCUAUCCGAACUCAACCUUCCAAUAAUAACCGAGGACCCUACCCUACCAAACCCUUCACCCCGACCCAAAACAACCAACCUUGGAGGACUGAUACACUAGGAUGUGGCAAACCGCAGAGGGGCAACCGAGAUUUGAUGACAGUCAGGUGUUACAACUGUCAGUCUAUAGGCCACUAUAGCCGCCAAUGCCCGCAACCUCAGAAGGAGGGGAAUGGGAGCUUUGGAAAUCAGAAAACUCAACAACCGGGAUAG